AUGACUACCCCUAGUGUCCUCGCUUUUGACGCUGAGGGUCGAGCCAUUGACUUUGAGGUCUGGGUCGACGACCUGCAGUUGUUUUUACAGUGCGAUAGGGCGAACGGUCUUUCUCUCUUUGACCUCACCUCUGGCGCCUCCCCUGCUCCUGCUGCUGAUGCUGACCCCACUGUUCGCUCUCAGUGGGCCACCCGCGAUGCUGCUGCACGUCUUGCUGUGCGUCGCCACCUGCCUACCACUGAGCGCGCGCACUUUAGUCAGUACAGGAGUGCUCAGACCUUGUACGACGCCGUAGUUGCGCGCUACUCUUCCCCUGCCACCGCUGCACUGAGCCGCCUCAUGCUACCGUACCUCUUUCCUGACCUUGCUGCCUUUCCUACAGUCGCUGACCUCAACACGCACCUCCGCACUUUUGACACUCGCUACCGCGCUGCACUUCCUGCUGAGGACCACUUCCUCUCAGUCUGUCCCACCACCCUCACUGUCGACCUCCUCGAGAAGGCCCUCCUAGCGGCGGAGAAGAGCAUAGUCGCUGUAGGAGCCUCUCGUGGUGACCCGCGCACCCCCAUCUUUGAGGGGUGUUCUCCUUCCCCCCUGCUGCCCUCUGUUGCCUCUGCUGCUGCUGCCGACCUGCUUGGUCUUGAGUCGGUCGGCGCGGCGUCUGCCCCUAGCGGGAGACGCCGCCCUAGCAAGGGCAAGGGGGGCAAGGGCGCGGGUGGAGCUGGCGGGGGCGGUGGAGGUGGCGGUGGCGGUGGCGGAGGGAGUGGGGGUGGCGGUGGGAGUGGUGGUGGGGGUGGUGGUGGUGGUGGCGGCAGCGGAGGCGGCGGCGGUGGCGGCGGCGGCGGUGGUAGCGGAGGCGGCGGUGGUGGCGGAGGUGAAGGCGGCGGUGGCGGAGGAGGUGGAGCCGGUCGGGGUAGUGCCCCGCAGCGGAGCGGCUCUGGUGGUGGUCAGCGCCAGCAGCAGCAGCAGCAGCAGCGUUCUCGGGACAUCCCCCCGCCUCAGCAGCUCCGUGAGUGGUACACGCAGCGUCAGCGUGGUGGGGGUCUUGGCCCGUGCACCUACGUUCUUCGUUCCGGCGAUCGCGCGGGUGAGCAGUGUGGGGGUGCCCACUCCACCCAGCGCUGCUUUGGCCGCCUGACGGACGCUUGGCGUCAGCAGUUCCCCGAGGCUAGUGAGAUUCCCCGCUGGGGAGAGCUGUCUAGGGCUGGCGUAGCGAUCUUUGAUCUUGACUUUGAUGCUAUCCUUGCUGCCAUGUAUGCUGUGACUAUUAGUGAUGAGGGUGACUGUUACCGGUGUUUCCCGCCCGACCCGGGCAUUGGUACAGCUGCGCUAGGUGCUUGUGAGGCUACUGCUCUAGGUGCCAGUGCGUCUGCACUCUCAGGUACUGGUGAGGCUGCGCUCUCAGGUACUGCGUCGGCUUCGGCCUCUCUCACCUUCACACUUGACUCAGGGGCUUCUCGCUCCUUCUUUCGAGACCGCACCACACUCACGCCGCUUGGUCGGCCGGUUGCAGUCUCCCUGGCUGACCCCUCUGGGGGUCCUGUCCUCGCUCACUUCUCCACUGUCGUCCCGUGUCCGGCUGCCCCCUCGGGCACCCUGUCGGGUCUGUACCUCCCCUCGUUCUCGACGAACUUGGUGAGUGGUGCUGACCUGCAGGAUGCGGGGGUUCACCAGUUUACUCCUGCGAGUCAGCAGGGGACCCACUGCUCGGACGCCCGCACAAGCCGACACCUAGCCACGUUUUCGCGUCGGCCCGGGUCGAGUCUCUACACCCUGACCGUUGAGUCUCCUCCAGUCCCUGCGUCUGGACCUUCCUGUGUCCCCUGUGUCGAGGGGCGGCCCUGCGCUGCCCCUCACUCCUCUCAGUUUCCCCCGACAGAGGCUCCUCUGCAGACGCUUCACAUGGACGUGUGGGGCCCAGCCCGCGUCGGUGGACAGGGUCACGAGCGCUACUUCCUGCUGGUGGUUGACGACUACUCGCGUUACACCACAGUCUUCCCCUUGCGCAGCAAGGGUGAUGUCACUGAGGUGUUGAUCGACUGGAUCCGCGCGGCUCGUCUACAGCUCAGGAGGAGCUUCGGCUCGGACUUUCCUGUUCUGCGUCUGCACUCUGACCGAGGCGGAGAGUUCUCCUCUGGCCUUCUGCGAGCCUACUGUCUUGCACGAGGCAUCCGCCAGACCUUCACGCUUCCGGACUCUACACAGCAAAAUGGGAUUGCUGAGCGCCGCAUUGGCAUGGUCAUGGACGUCGCUCGUACGUCCAUGAUGCAUGCGGCUGCCCCCCAUUUUCUGUGGCCGUUUGCGGUUUGGUACGCGGCGCAUCAGCUCAACCUUCACCCCAGAGUCUCCCGGCCGGAGACCUCCCCAGCUCUGCUGUGGACGAGGAAGGUAGGCGAUGCGUCUGCGUUCCGUGUCUGGGGAUCUCGGGCGUUUGUCCGCGACCUGUCUGCGGACAAGCUGUCCCCUCGUGCUGCUCCCUGUGUCUUCCUAGGCUUCCCCCCUGACACCCCAGGGUGGCAGUUCUACCACCCCUCCUCUCGUCGUGUUCUGUCCUCCCAGGACGUCACGUUCGACGAGUCCGUCCCCUUCUACCGCCUCUUCCCCUAUCGCAAUCCUUCCCUCCCGCCGCCACCGCACUUCCUUGUGCCAGGUCCCCCCCGGGUAGACCCCCUUCCCCCUCAGGGUCAUGCCCCUUCAGGUGUGUCCCAGGUAGAUGCAGUCGAGCCGGUCGAGGUUGCUGGUGACUCAGGUACUGCUGGGGGUGCUAAGCCUGGGGGUGCUGAGCCUGGGGGUGCUGACUCUGGGGGUGCUGAGUCUGGGGGUGCUGAGCCUGGGGGUGCUGAGCCUGGGGGUGCUGAGCCUGGGGGUGCUGAGUCUGAGGGUGCUGAGUCUGAGGGUGCUGAGCUUGGGGGUGCUGAGCGUGGGGGUGCUGCCUCUGGGGGUGCUGAGCCUGGGGGUGCUGAGCCUGGAGCUGCUGAGCCUGGAGGUGUGGAGCCUGCGGCCACUGGACCUCCCCUUGUGGCGUCUGGCGGUACUGGGCCUGGAGGUUCUCCGGGUGUUUCGUCUCGGCGGGAUCCACUCUCUCCACAGGAGCUGCGCGAGUGGUUUGCUCGCCGCUGGAGGCGUACUGCUGGAGCUGGCGCUUCUUCGGCCGCUGAGGGUGCUGGUGCCGCCAGUCCCGGAGCUGCUGGGCCUGCGGGUCCACUUGGAGCUGGAGCUGCUGAGGGUGUUGGUUCUGAGACUACUACUGUACGUCCUGGUGGUGGUCGUGCUGCGGGUGCUGCUGGCGCUGCUGGAGGUCCUGCCGCUGGAGGUGCUGUUGGCGCUGGUGCUGCCGGAGGUGCUGAGGGUGCUGGUGCUGUCCGUGCUGUGCCUGGUGCCACCGCGCGGCCUCGGCCGUACUUCGUUCCGCUCCUUCAGCAGGUUCUUGGUCUUCCUCCUCUCUUAGAGGGUCCACCGCCUGUCCAGUCGCAGUCACAGUUACCGCCGGCCUCCCCACUGCCUUCUCCCUCUCCCUACACUGGUCCUACUGGAGGUCUUGCUGAGCGUCGUGAGCCUGCGUCUCGUCCUGCGUCGCCUGUUCGUGCUGCUCGCACUAGUGGUCGUAGUUUGCGUCAGCGUCCUCCUCCUGUCCCUGGCACGCACUGGAUGUCUCUGCGUCCGUCCACUGCUCCUCUGCGUGCCCCUUUGCCCUCUCCUCCUGAGUCCUCUCUUCCUGCGCUUGCCGACCCUGAGUCGGACUCUCUUCGUACUGCCAGUCCUAUUGUCACGCGUCUCCUUGCUACUGUCGUCACUGACCCCUCCUUUGAGUCCACUGCUUCGUCUGCUCUUAUUGCUGAGCUCGUCGACUUUGCUGCUCGCUGUCGUCUAGACUACGCUGCUAGUCUUGUUGCUGAGUCUGCGUCUGUCUGUCCUCCGUCCGUCGGGGGUGAGUGUGCUCUUGGCACGGACGUCCUUGAGGACAAGCAGGAGGAGUUUCAGUGUCUUGCUGCUGCUUCACCUCAUCUUGCGUCUGUACUGCUUGCCCCUGACGGAGACCCGGAUGCACUAGACAUCCCGACUCCGCGCUCUUACGCGGAGGCCGUAGAGGGUCCCUACUCCUCUCAGUGGCAGGCAGCUAUGGAUGCAGAGAUGGCUUCCUGGAAGUCCACAGGCACCUACGUUGACGCGGUUCCCCCUCCUGGGGCGAACAUCAUCAGUGGGAUGUGGAUCUUCAGGGUGAAGCGGCCGCCGGGCUCUCCACCUAUCUUCAAGGCGCGGUACGUGGCUCGUGGCUUCAGUCAGCGGCAGGGAGUUGACUACUUUCAGACCUUCUCUCCCACCCCGAAGAUGACCACUCUUCGGGUGCUGCUGCACAUAGCCGCUCAGCGCGACUACGAGCUCCACUCUCUUGACUUCAGCACUGCUUUCUUGCACGGUAGCCUGCACGAGGAGAUCUGGCUGCGCCGUCCAACUGGCUUCACUGGGACUUUCCCUCCUGGCACCCAGUGGAGCAUCCGACGGCCACUCUACGGUCUCCGCCAGGCACCACGUGAGUGGCAUGACACACUGAGGACUACGCUUGCGGCUCUUGGGUUUGCUCCCUCUACUGCUGACCCGUCGUUGUUUCUGCGCACCGACACUUCUCUGCCGCCCUUCUACAUCCUCGUGUACGUCGACGACUUGGUCUUUGCCACAGCGGACACUGCUGGACUUGCCUACGUGAAGUCCGAGCUGUAG